AUGUUCGGAUUCGACGAGGCCAAGGACGUUCGUGACGAGGUUUACGGUGACAAGCACGAGGGCAAGCUCUCGCACGAGCUUCUCGGCGGUGCUGCAGCCUUCGAGGCCAUGCACCUGUUUGAGAACAAGCAGCGCUCCGAGGGCAAGACCGUCAGCCACGGUUUUGCCAAGGAGGCCCUCGCCGCCUUUGCUGGCGCUGAGGCCGACAAGCUCAUCGAGACCAAGGGCCUUGACUUUAUCGACGCCGAGAAGGCCAAGCACCACGCCAAGAAGCAGGCCGAGUACCUCUACGACAACCAGUACGGUGACAUGGACGAGUACAACCCUGAGGCCCGUGACAGACACCCUCACCACAACUACUAA